GCGGCUGGCGCAGUCGGAUCCUGCGCUGCCACGGUUGCGGGUGUGCGCGGCGUAGGAGGACGCCCCGAGGGCGCGGAGCGGGGCCCCGAGAUGGCCUCUGUGGUCUUUGAGGAUGUGGCUGUGAACUUCACCCCGGAAGAGUGGGCUUUGCUGAAUCGUGGUCAGAGGAAGCUCUACAGAGAUGUGAUGCUGGAGACCUGCAGGAACCUGUCUGCUGUGGGUUGUCGAAGUCAAGGUAACACAAGUGCAUCAAGGCCUCAGUGGAGCAUUUUGCUGAAAACAGGAAUAUUUACAAGAAAAGAUUCGUGUUCUGUUUUUGGAGAAAAGCAGACAUUUUGUAGCAGAGGAGAUCACCUGCAAACCCAGGAAGGGCAUUCAAGAAGUCCUUUGGUGGAGAGUGUUUGUGAACGUAUUGAAGGAGAUCCAUGUGGAGAAACCCUGAACCCGAUUACAAGUCUUACUGUGCAUGAGGGUUAUCCUACUAGAGGCAAAUCCUGUCAACAUGCUAAGCGUAGAGAAGCCUUCGCAGAUGGUUCCUUCCUUGGGAAGCCAAGAGGAUCUCACCCAGGACUCAAACUUAGUCCCGGUGAGGAGUGUGGGCUAGCCUGCAGCUGCGUCGUGAGCCUCAGCGCUCACACGGAUACAGACCUUAUAGAGGAACCCUAUGAAAGUCAGGACACUGGGAGAGUAUCUAAGACAUCGAAGAGGCUCAGUAGUAAAAAAUCUCUAGAGUGCAAGAAAUGUGGAAAAGCUUUCACUCGCACGUCUUCCUUUCAGGGCCAUGUGCGAGGUGACUGUGGAAAGAGAGUCCAUGCGUGUGAUGUGUGUGGGAAAGUCUUCAGGUAUAACUCAAGCCUGCGGACACAUAAGAAAACACACACUGGGGAGAAGUCCUAUGAAUGUCAGCACUGUGGGAAAGCCCUCUCUGGUCGCAGUGCCCUUGUAAGACAUGUGAGAACACACACAGGGGACAGACCCUAUGAAUGUAAGGAAUGUGGGAAAUCUUUUUGGAAUUGUGGACAUUUUAAUCGGCACAUGACCAUGCACAGUAUGGUGAAACCCUGUGAAUGUAAGCAGUGUGGCAGAGCCUUCCGGGAUCAGACAGAUCUGCGAAUCCAUAUGAGGACACACACGGGGGAAAGACCCUUUGAAUGUCAGCAAUGUGGGAAAGCCUUCAGAUAUCUUGGAAAUCUGCGAGAACAUAUGCGGACACACACGGGGGAGAGACCCUAUGAAUGUCAGGAGUGUGGGAAAACCUUCAGGUACAACUCAAGUCUGCAAGCUCAUGUGAGGACACACACUGGGGAGAGACCCUAUAAAUGUCAGCACUGUGGAAAAGCCUUCAUUCGACACCACACCCUCGUACUACAUACUGCGAGAAGACACUCAGUGGGCGGACACUUGGAAUGUAAGGAGUGUGGGGAAACUUUCAGGAAGCAUCGACCUUUUGAACGUCACAUGACCACACACAAUGUAGUGAAACCCUAUGAAUGCGAGGAGUGUGGCAAAGCCUUCAGGUAUCACAGAGACCUACAAAUACAUGCGCGGACACACACUGGGGAGAGACCCUAUAAAUGUCAGCACUGCGAGAAAGCCUUCACCUCCUCUGAGAACCUGCGAGUACACGUUAGGACACACACUAGAAAGUGACCCUAUGAAUGUCAGCAGUGUGGGAGGGCCCUCAAGUGUCCAUCACACCUGGAAACACACACGUGGACACACACUGGGGAGAGACACCAUGAUUUUAAGGAGUGUGGACAAACUUUCCAGAAGCGUGAACAUUUCAAACGUCACUCGAACACGCACAGUGCAAUGAAACUGAAUAAGCAGUGUGGCCUCCUGGGAUCACACACAUCUGCAGGUACAUAUGAGAACACACACUGGGGAAACUUUGUAAAUGUCUGCUCUGUGGGAAAGCCUUCGUUUGUCUCUCUUCCCUUCAAGGACACACGGGCAAGCACAGUGACGUGAAACCCUGUGAACUUCAGCACCGUGGAAAAGCCUUCAGGUAUCCCAGGAAUCUGUGAGCACAGACACACUGUGGGAAAGCAUUUAUUCUCCCUUAAAAUUUUAUUGGGAAUGUGAGCCAACACACUGGAGAUGAUCCUGAACAAACAAGAUUUUGGGAAAACAUCAGGUAUAGAACUUGAUGUAUUUUGUUCACAAAAAUUCCGGCAGGACAGAAAUCUUUUCAUUGUUAUGAAUAUGACUUUGUCUUUCAAAGUGCCUCUUCCUUAAUGGGGAUCCCAAAUGUAUGAAUUCCUAGUUCAUGUCACUGAUAUGAAUGCUAAUGGUUUUAAGUGGCCUUCUUUCUCCUCUGCAUCUGUACAACAUAGAUGUUGUUGUCUCAGAUUUCAAGUAAUCACACUGUUAUGCACAACAUGUCUCCUUUCCAUUAGUAUAUACCCAGGAGUGAGAAGAGAGUGUGUGUGUGUGUGUGUGGCAGUGUGUGUACAACUUUAUAUAAUUAUAGAAAAAGAUUUCUUUAAUUUCACCUUGCAGAAUGUUUCUAGUAUAUGAUCACAACAUGUAGACUUCUAUUGUUGAAAGUUCUGUUCUCUGUUGCAGAUACUGGAAUUUCCUGAGUCAGUACCUACUCUUCUAUUCAAUCCUUAUUAUUAAAGGAUAUAUUUUCACAUCA